GGCGCUCCCCGCACAGUCUCACUCCGCGCACUCACACACUUGGAAGCGCCUCCCCGCGUCCCUCCCCUGCCCUCCUCUUGCUCUGCUCAUCUCUCUCUCACCACAAAUAGUCGGCGACCGACUGCCAAUCCGCCUCCCUCCCUCUCUCUCUCCACAACAUGACUGACUGGGAAGCGGUGGCUCCGGCAGAGCGGCUCUGCUGGCGCAGGCAGGAGGAGCAGGAGGAUUAUUAAAUAACGCAGCUCGACUCUGCAACUGGGAGUGGAGAGAAGGAGCCCAACAGCGAGAAGGGGAGGGAGGGCAGAGGAGGGGGACCCGGAGAGACACCCUCGUGCCCCGAAGACAUAAAUCCCCGAGUGCCCGGGAGGAGCCUUAACAAGCGGCGCGGAACCCUCCAGGUUGCUAAGUUGGCUAUCACAGUGCAAGCCUUGGAGUCCCAAUGGGGGACUCUGGAUCAAGACGAUCUACCCUGGUCUCCCGGUUGCCAAUAUUCAGAAGAAGUAUCAGCAGAAGACAUGAUUCUCUUCCUUCUUCACCCUCCUCCAGUAAUACAGUUGGUGUCCACAGUUCCUCUCCUUCCAGCACUAACUCAAGCUCAGGUAGUACAGGUAAACGCAGGAGCAUCUUCCGUACUCCUUCCAUUAGCUUCCAUCAUAAGAAGGGAAGUGAACCUAAGCAAGAACCUACAAACCAGAAUGUUAGUAUUUCAAAUGGUGCUCAGUCUGGUCAUAGCAGUAUGCAAAAACUGGGUUUGGAAGAACAUAUUAAAACCAGGGGAAGACAUUCUGUUGGUUUUAGUAGUUCACGAAAUAAGAAGAUAACAAGAUCUUUGACAGAGGAUUUUGAAAGGGAAAAAGAGCACUCAACUAAUAAGAAUGUCUUUAUAAAUUGCCUAAGUUCUGGCAAAAGUGAGGGGGAUGAUUCUGGAUUCACAGAAGAACAAACUCGCCGUUCCGUUAAGCAGUCAACAAAGAAGCUGCUUACUAAAUCUUUUUCAUCUCACUAUAAAUUUUCUAAGCCCGUUCCACAGAGCCAAUCCAUUUCAUUGGUACAGCAAUCUGGAUUCUCAUUGGAAAUUACACAGUACCAAGAGAGGGAACCUGUGUUAGUAAGAGCUUCUCCAUCUUGUUCUGUGGAUGUAACAGAACGGGCAGGAAGCUCUUUACAAUCUCCGUUGCUUUCUGCUGAUCUUACCACAGCUCAGACACCUUCAGAGUUCUUAGCCUUGACUGAAGAUUCUGUGUCUGAAGUAGAUGCAUUUCCUAAAAGUGGAAGCAUGGCAUCCCACUGUGACAACUUUGGCCACAAUGAUUCUACCUCUCAGAUUUCUCCCAAUCCUGCUGCUGUUACAAAAACAACAAUAGAUUUUAUGGGAACUCUUCCCUGUGCAAUUUUGUCUCCUGGGAAAUACAGGUUAGAAGGUCGAUGUAGCACUGAAUCUAAUUCCUUACCAGAAACCUCUGCUGCUAAUCAGAAGGAAGUGUUAUUGCAAAUCACUGAACUACCUGUUAUGAAUGGGAGUGAAUCCGAGACUCAUCUGUCAGCAAAUAUGCAAAGAGAACAUAUGGUGUUACAAAAUGGUGAAACAAUGCUGGCGACAAGCUCCCCAAAGAAACUUGGAUUUUAUGAGCAACACAAAGCAUUAGCUGAACGUGUUAAAGCGAUCCAUCCUAUUUCAGAUUCAAGGAUAAUACCCUCUUCUGGUGAUCAUCAUGUUUUUAGCAAAACAUCAUAUGGCUAUGAUGCAAAUCCUGCCAAAGUUCUCGCCAGUAGCCUCAGUCCAUAUCGUGAAGGAAGAUUUAUAGAGAGGCGACUGCGAUCCUCAUCAGAAGGAACUGCAGGGAGUAGCAGAAUGGUUUUGAAACCAAAAGAUGGAAAUGUUGAAGAAGGUAAUAGUCUAAGAAAGCAAAGAGCAAGUUCAUCAUCUUCAAAAAUGAACAGCAUGGAUGUUUUGAAUAAUUUGGGAUCUUGUGAACUGGAUGAAGAUGACCUAAUGCUUGAUCUAGAAUUUUUAGAGGAACAGAAUCUUCAUCCUUCAGUUUGCCGGGAGGACUCCUACCAUUCUGUAGUGUCAUGUGCUGCUGUCGUUCUCACUCCCAUGGAACCAACAAUAGACAUGAAGAAAAGAGAAGACCUGAAAUUUCCUGAGCCUUCCAAACAGAACCUUUCCCUGAAGUUAACAAAAGACCUUGAUCAGGAAGCCAGGUGUGCCCACAUCAGCCGAAUGCCCAGCAGUCCAUCUGUAGAUUGGCCCCUGCAAGGUGUGGAAGAGAAUGGAGGCAUAGAUUCUCUGCCAUUCAGACUGAUGUUACAGGACUGCACAGCUGUCAAGACGUUAUUAUUAAAGAUGAAGAGGGUUCUUCAAGAGAGUGCAGAUAUGAGUCCAGCAAGUAGCACCACCUCGCUUCCUGUUAGUCCUCUUACUGAAGAGCCAUUGCCUUUCAAGGAUAUAAUGAAAGAUGAAUGCUCAAUGCUGAAGCUGCAGCUGAAAGAGAGGGAUGAACUCAUUUCACAACUUCAGGAAGAGUUGGAAAAAGUCAAGCAUUUACAGAAGGCCUUUGCUUCAAGAGUAGAUAAAUCCACACAGACUGAACUUCUAGGCUACGAUGCCCUGUGGAAUCCUACAUGCACUGAAGGUUUAUUUAAACCAGUACAUAUUUCAACUUAGGUUAAAUCAUUAUUUGACCGUAAGAUAUGUAUCACGAAUCUGUGACAUGUUAAAUAUUGAAUAAAACCAAUUUUCCAUCAUUCCAUUUGUUAACUGUUUCCCAGAGUAUGUAAUACAGAAAUGUUUCCAUUCCAAAUAUUUCAUAGUUUUUGCAUUUGUACGCAGUUGCAUAAAAUAUUGAGGGAUGAAGAUUCAACUAACGUAUUCCUACCUUAUUCUUCUUAUAGUUUUAAAAAAUAGACUUUUGUUAAAAAAUGAUCUCUUUAUGCAUCUAUCGUAAAAUGUAAUAUUCCACUUGGCAGUACAUAUUUUUUGUUCAACUUUCUCAUCCAUAUCAUUUGUCUCUCUGGCUAUAGUCUUCAUUUCAUUUCACCACGUAUUCUAUGCACCUUAGGUAAGUUUGAAAACAAAGCAUCUAGUUUCUCCUGUUCUAGUGGGGCAGUUCCUACUGAAGAACUAAAUUAUCUCUAUUUUUCCCUUGCAUUGAGCUCAAAAGAUGAAAACAGUAUGUAUUCAAGUGAAAUAAAAAAUGAAGAGUCUUAUGCUGACUAGAAAAAGGCAAAAACCUAUUUAUAUCUCUAAAGAAGGGAAGAAAGAUUGGAUAUUGACCUCAUAUUGAGGGAAGUUUCUUGAAUGUGUCAUAGAAGAAAGCCUGUCUCCAGGACUUGGCAUUGCUACCUGAUGUCUGUGUGUCGCUGUAUAUUACCCUUAUGUAAUAACUCACUUUAAUUAUCACAUGGCCAGGAGGCAAGAAGACACUCUUGAAUGUUGUAAUUUAUUGAAAGGAAAAGUGACAGAGCUCAGAGGGUGGCUCAGUGUUGUGGGAAGGGUGCAGGGCUCUAGAAGAGCCCUAGAGCUAAGGAGAAGAAAGCAACUUUUACUGAGUUCUCUAUAUUUUGCAGAUAGACAAUGAAACAAUCAUGGUUAAUGGUGGUAACAUUUAGAAAUAUGUUGUAAAAUUUCUUAAAUUAUUUGAAUCAUUAUGUAACAUAUAAUGUGAAUGAUCAAAUGCUGAG